ACACACACACACACACCUGGUGUGACCGAGGACAGAUUAUCCGCAGACAGACGCGGCUUCACGCAGGUGAGUCCGCACUCCUGCGUCUCUCUCUGGAGUAACUUUUUUAUAUGCACGGUUUUUGUCGACUUUUCAUCCGCAAAGUUGCAACUUUUAACGCAGGAGGCUACUUUUUUGGGCGACUACAUGAAAGAAAAGUGCGUGUUUCGAGUGGAAAAGACAAAGUUUCACUUUAGUUUUCUCUUCACCUGGCAACAACAGUAGCAGAGGGCGGUUUGUUUUAUUCACCUCAGGAAUGCGGGGUCGUUGUUAGGAGAGAGACUUCAGCUAUCAGACUAUCAGCUUUUUCUUUUCUUUUUUUUUUUAAAGUUUGUUUUUCAGCCACUGUGCGCGCGAGGAGGGACUUCAAAGAGAGGAAAUGGCAACAGGAGGCUUUAAAUCAAACGCCACCACAGACUUUCUGGAGGAAUGGAAGGCGAAGCGGGAGAAAAUGAGAGCCAAAAUGCUGGGGGACAUUGCGGCAGCGACUGGCGCUCCGCUCGGCUCCGCCGCCGCAAACAGCCGUAGUCACCCCGCCGCUGCUGGGGCUCAUGCACCGGGCACCGAGCUCACCAACAACGGCAAUCCGGAGCGGAGCGCCUCCUCCGGGAACUGCUUCCCUUCCUCGUACGCGGUGUCGCGCUCCUCCUCCGCCACUGCUCUGCGGAGACCCGAGGAGGAGGCGCACCUCCACCACCACCACCACCAUCAACAACAACAACAACAACAACAACAGCAACUACAGCAACCACCUUCACCUUCACCUGCCGCCGCCGUGGUCACGCCGGUGAGCCACCUGAAGAAGGCCCCGCCUCAGGCGGACAUGGCUCCGUGCGCGUCCCCGGACUCGAGCCCUGCGGCCUGCGCCGAGCACGACGGCAAGGAGAGUCCGUCACCGGGCAAAGGCAAGGACAAGAAGAGCAGCGGUCCCAGCGCGAGGAAGGGCAAAGGUCAGAUCGAGAAGAGGAAGCUGCGGGAGAAGAGGAGGUCAACCGGUGUGGUCAGCAUGCCGUCCAAUGAGAGUCUGGAUGAGCUGGAUGAUGACGACGCAGGGGAGAAGGACAGGAAGGAGGAGGAGGAGCUGGUCCAGGCCAACACUUUCCAGAACGAGACCAUGGUCGCCGACCCCGACACCGGCCUCUUCAUGGAUACUCCGAAAUGUGCGAGCAGCCGGCAGAAGGGUUGUGCAGCACCAGGAUUUGAGGAGGACAUGGGCGCGAGCAGCAGACAGCGACACAACCGUCACGGCAGAGACGGCAGCAUGGAGAAGAGGAUGGAGGAGCUGGAGAGGGAACUGGCCAGAGAGCAUCAGGAGAACGUGCGGCUGCUGAAGGCCCACGAGGACAAAGACGACCUCAUCGGGAAGCUGAAGGAGGAAAUCGACCUCCUGAACAGAGACCUGGACGACAUCGAGGACGAGAACGAGCAGCUGAAACAGGAGAACAAGACUCUGCUGAAGGUGGUGGGUCAGCUGACCAGGUAGAGUCGCUGCACACGGCACAAACCUCCCGCCUCGGCUCUCAUUUCUCCACCACGACCUUUAUUUGUAUUUGUACACGUUAAAUCUGUCUCUGUGUCCGUCAGAGGUGAAAUCUGUAACAGCUGGCGCUCUCCUGUCAUCAUAUAAAUAUUUAAUGUAAAUGUCUUGUAUAUACUGUAGGCCAUUCAAGAUCCAGCUCACUUUUGAUUUUUCUUAGCUAAAGUGCUGCAAGAACAAGCACAAACUCAGUCUUUUUUUAAAAAAAAAAACUUAUUUUAGAGGCUUUUAAUAAAAAUAAAGGGUAAAAGUCUCAGUGUUGACAUUUCCACGACAACAAUCAGAGGUUUAUUAUAUUUUUACUUCCUCCAUUAUUCCGUCAUUACUUAUCUCACUGAUUUAGAGAGAUUUAAACUGCACAUUUUCAAAAUAAAAGCCUUUUUAAAGGUCCAGUGUGUAACAUUUUGGGGGGGGUUAUGAGCAGAAAUUCAAUAUACUUAACAUUUGUUUGCACUUUUUCACAUUUGAUAAACGAUUAACAGUUUCCGUCAUAAUUAGGGUUUUUGGACUGUUUCAUAUUUCACGUUUAUUUCUUUUUUUUGAUAUCCAAUCCACUGAUUUUUUUUUCAUACUGACUAAUUUCCAGUAUUUUUGCUUUAAAGUAUAUUGCAUUCUUAAGCUUUUUAUGGAGGUUAUUUUACAGCAGCUUACGACACAAACUAAGAAGAGCGACGUCCUUUCUGGUUUAUAGAGGCCACCAUAGUUUCUUUACACGCUGCAGGAAGGGGAGAAAUAAGUGGAGGCGUCCUCCGUUUGCUGCAAUCUGCUGAGUCACCAUUAGAUGUCACUGUUUCUUACACACUGGACCUUUUGAAAAAAAUACAUUUUAAAAAAAUAUAUCAAUAAAUCAGAGGUCUUAACCUCAAAUGACCUAGGGUUAAAAAAGACAUCGGAAUGAUCUUUAUGACGAUAUUUCACAGGAUUUCAAAAAUAUGACGCAAAAUCAAUUGGAUGAUUGAAAAAUAACCUACAGAAAUAACGCUGCAAUAAAUAAACGCUGGAACUUUUCCAAGAUAAUGUAAAUGUUUUGUCAAUGAAGAGAAUCAAAGAUUUUAAAAUGAUAAAGUCGGACUUUUUACGCAUUUUUAACAUCGGCUUCUGCUCUGUUAUGUCUGAGGGUGCAACCCUUGUCUCGUAUAAACGAUGAUGUGCAUUUUUCUCGUUUAAGGUUGCAUUAUAUUUGACUCACGCGGUGCUCCGUCUGUGGCACGAACUGAAGGAACAUAUUAUUAUUGUUAUUAUUUGAAAUGCAUCUCUUUUUGUUUAACUCAAGGGAAACAGGUUUGACUGGUAGAAGGUGAUUUUAUUUUUUGUUCUUGUUUAGAUGAUGAUUUUAUUCCAGUGAGGGGCUGCGGAGAAUAAUCUAUAGGUUUCACACACACGCACACAUUUAUAGUGCCCUCUAGUGGAACAGUGAGGCUGAUUCCUUCAUUUUUUUGCCAUGGAUAGAAACAAGUAGCCAACUUUCCUUGAUGGAGGUAAUAGUAGCUAAAGCCAGCAGCAAGCUAACACCAGCAGAGGUAGCAAGCUUAACUCCCCUUGAUAAAUGUAGUAUGUGAGGUAAUAGUAGCUAAAGCUAGCAACAGGCUAACACCAGCAGAGUUAGCGAGCUUAACUCCCUUUGAUAAAUGUAGUAUGUGAGAUAAUAGUAGCUAAAGCUAGCAGCAAGCUAACACCAGCAGAGUUAGCAAGCUUAACGCCCCUUGAUAAAUGUCGUAUGUAAGGUAAUAGUAGCUAAAGCUAGCAACAGGCUAACACCAGCAGAGUUAGCGAGCUUAACUCCCUUUGAUAAAUGUAGUAUGUGAGGUAAUAGUAGCUAAAGCUAGCAGCAAGCUAACACCAGCAGAGUUAGCAAGCUUAACUCCCCUUGAUAAAUGUCAUAUGUGAUGUAAUAGUAGCUAAAGCUAGCAACAGGCUAACACCAGCAAAGUUGGGCAAGCUUAAAUUCCCUUAAUAUUACGUUCCACUUCUUGCCCUCUGAUGAACUCCUUUGUUGUGUUUGGGGUCUUUAUCUUGCUGCAUGUUUUUUUUUGUCAAUGGAUGGCAAAAACAAGGGAAUUGGCCUCUCACUGUUCCAAUACUUUGGAGGGCACUGUAUAUUCUGUAUAUAUAGAAGAAACCUGUCUCUCUCUCACACACAAACACUCCCACUCUCUUUCCACCACAUUAUGCAUGUACAGAAGAUUAAGUCAUUUAAUAAAAGUUUGAUUAUCUCUCUCCUCA